AUGCAUCCGAUUGCUGGUGAUGGUGCCAUCGAUCAGAGCAGUCGCAGUGGUUCACUUUUGUUGGAAGAGCGGAUUGUCAGUGAGGAAAAUGCAAGUCUUGUCAUUAGCAAUCCGUUUCUGGCACUCUCCAUCCAACAGCAACGUUCCCGUCUUCCUAUUUUCAAAUAUCGCAGUCAUAUAUUGUAUCUGUUAGAGAAAUUUCGUGCUGUGAUAGUAAUUGGCGAGACGGGAUGCGGCAAGAGCACUCAGUUACCACAGUACCUCAUGGAAGCGGGUUGGUCAUCAGACGGGCGGAAAAUAGGAGUGACGCAACCACGAAGAAUUGCUGCAGUAACGAAGUCUAACAUUGCAUUAGGCACGUUUUGCAGCAUACUGAUGAUUGACGAGGCCCACGAGCGCUCACUCAAUACGGAUGUUAUAUUGGGUUUAUUGCGAAAAGUGAUGGCUGUACGGCAAGAUCUUCGAAUAAUCGUUUCAUCUGCAACACUUGAUGCUGUGGUAAGUAGUAUUUUUCAUCUUUGCCUGUGAUA